CAGUUUCUUUGGUCGAACAUAUAUAAGAUGGCUGCCGCGGAACCCCUUGACAAUCCUUUGCAGAAACAAGCUGCUAGCGAAGACAUUAAGAAUUUUAUGGAGAAAGUCAAGAGAGGAAUUGGUGAGGAGAAAUACCGGUCCUUCUUGGAUGUUGUUGGAGAGUAUCAAGAUAAGCAGACCAGCAUUCACAAGUUACUAGAAGAGAUGUCCGUUCUUCUAAGUGUUGAACCUGAUCUAGUAAAGGAGUUGAAUCACUUGCUACCAGAUGGCAUUUCAAAGCUCGAGAUUGAGAGGAAGGUGCCCAAACCCAAAAGCAGGUGGCUUUCCGGCCUUCGCUAUGUGUGUGUGGGUGGAUUAGGGCUUACCCUGGGCAUCUGGGCUCAUCUUCUGUUUUAAAGGGUCUGGUUACUACUA